AUGUGGAUGGCCUCCUGGCUGCAGGCCUACGACACCGUCAGCGCCGCAGCCACGGGCAGCGCGGCCACGCCCCUCAGCAACAAGGUGUUCCUAUGCUUCCGCCUGCUGCUGUCCGGCCCCACGCGGCUGCGGCGGCACCGCGCGGCCCCGCCGCUGUUCCUCCACCCCACGUCUGUCCCCAGCCCCGGGGGUGUGUCUGACGUGGAGGGCUGCCUGCUGUACGUGUUCAACAUCAACGGCUUCAUCACGCACCUCGUGGCCUGGCGCAACGGCACGCCGGACGAGAUGAGCCGGGCCUUCAUCGGCGGCCGCUCCGCGCCGCAGCCGCGGCCCCCGGAGCACGGUGGCGGCGGCAAGGGCACGGGGGGAAGCAGGGGCGGCAAGCGCGCCGACGCAAACGUGGGGGUAAGGGCGGCUUCAGGGGAUGUUGCAGGGGCCAAGGGCGUUUGGUGGUGA